AAAAGUGCUUAUCAGACACGAAGAGAGAAAAUGGCAAACAUGGUCUCCUAUAUCCUUCUUCACUGUACUACAUGCGAUAUCAAUCUGAGCAACUCUCCCAUACACUCAAUCCCAUCAGACCACAGUCUUUCUUGACAGAAGGUCGGCUUCCAGCCACUCUUCCCCAUGGAUCUGAUGAUAAGGAAGAAAUUGAGCUCAAAGGCAAAACACCCACUCUUGUUCUCCAUCCCCAUCUUCGUCUUCGCCGUUGCGUUGCUUUGUUCUGAUAAAUGUCAUUGCACAGAUUCAAACAGUGCUGCUGGGAGGAAGAAUGACUGUUAUUCCAUGGAUGAGAUCGGAUUGCAGGAGAAUGAAGACGUAGAAGUUUCUUUGAGCAGCGAAAGAAGAAGCUUGAGUGGACCGGGGUCUUUUCCCCCUCGUUGCACAUCAAGAUGUGGGAACUGCUCACCAUGUAAGCCUGUUCAUGUUGCUGUUCCACCAGGCACACCUGUGACCACAGAAUACUAUCCUGAGGCUUGGCGAUGCAAGUGUGGCAACAAACUAUACAUGCCUUAGUCUCCAUUCUUCUCAAAUCUGUCGGAGAUAACUUCUGCUAAUCUUAUCCAACGCACCUGAUGUAGACUCCAUUAGGAGGAAAUGACUGACUAAAUUGCUGAUUUUCUUCUUUUCGUUUUGGUGUGAGAUAUAUGCUAAUUGAGAUAUGUAGAACUAUUAAAAUCUUGUACAAGGAUUUUUUUCUUUUCUUUUUUGAGUGGGUGACUUCUGUAUCAUCUGGGAAAAGAGUUUACAAGUUCCCCCGAAUUAAACUUUUUAGAUUGUAGUUUCAGGGGAAUACCAUUCUACUCCUUGUAUCUGUAAAUGUUGAGUACCGGAAAAGUUUUCCCUA